UCUUUUAUAAAAAGAGGAGGGGAAAUCCCGGUGGCGGGCAGCCGGGCACACACACAACCCGCCCUCACACCCCGACAAAAGCAGAUGCACUUUGACUUCUGACAGCUCUACCUCAAGCCCGUGAGAACUCCCUACAAAUAGCUGGUCGCGUGCGUCGCCCUCUUGCUUCCCCGUUUUAUUUAUUUAAUUCGUUACCCUCACCGUCUCGGUGACCUUCACUCCACCGCGGGUUCUGGGCAGAAGAGUCGCUUUCGCACCCGCCGGAGACUCUUUUCCUCACCCCAGGAGCGGUGGUGGCGCUGCUGGGCCCGGGGCCUUGGGACGCCCAGGCUGCACACCACCGAGGCGCCCCGUUUGCCUCGUUUCCCCCCUCUUUUGAUUUCCUGGUGCGGAUUUCGGCUGGCACCGCCGUGUGUGUCUCCUCUUUUUGGAGGGGCUGGGGAGCUCCUUUCGGGAGUCAACCCCUCUGCUCUACCUGCUCUUCUCUCUCCGGGCCUCACCCGACUAAACCAAAGACCAUGGUGCACUGUGCCGGCUGCAAAAGGCCCAUCCUGGACCGCUUCCUCUUGAACGUGCUGGACAGGGCCUGGCACGUCAAGUGCGUCCAGUGCUGUGAAUGUAAAUGCAACCUGACCGAGAAGUGCUUCUCCCGGGAAGGCAAGCUCUACUGCAAGAACGACUUCUUCCGGUGUUUCGGUACAAAAUGCGCGGGCUGCGCGCAGGGCAUCUCCCCUAGCGACCUGGUGCGGAGAGCGCGGAGCAAAGUGUUUCACCUCAACUGCUUCACCUGCAUGAUGUGUAACAAGCAGCUCUCCACCGGCGAGGAGCUCUACAUCAUCGACGAGAACAAGUUCGUCUGCAAAGAGGAUUACCUAAGCAACAGCAGCGUCGCCAAAGAGAACAGCCUGCACUCGGCCACCACGGGCAGUGACCCCAGUUUGUCUCCGGACUCCCAAGACCCGUCGCAGGACGACGCCAAGGACUCGGAGAGCGCCAACGUGUCGGACAAGGAAGGGGGCAGCAAUGAGAAUGACGACCAGAACCUGGGCGCCAAGCGGCGAGGGCCACGCACCACCAUUAAAGCCAAGCAGCUGGAGACGCUGAAGGCUGCCUUUGCCGCGACGCCCAAGCCCACGCGCCACAUCCGCGAGCAGCUGGCUCAGGAGACGGGCCUCAACAUGCGCGUCAUUCAGGUCUGGUUCCAGAACCGACGCUCCAAGGAACGGAGGAUGAAGCAGCUGAGCGCGCUGGGCGCCCGGCGCCACGCCUUCUUCCGCAGUCCGCGCCGAAUGCGGCCGCUCGUGGACCGCCUGGAGCCGGGCGAGCUCCUCCCCAACGGGCCCUUCUCCUUCUACGGAGAUUACCAGAGCGAGUACUACGGGCCGGGAGGCAACUACGACUUCUUCCCGCAAGGCCCCCCGUCCUCGCAGGCUCAGACACCCGUGGACCUACCUUUCGUGCCAUCGUCCGGGCCGUCCGGGACGCCCCUGGGCGGCUUGGAGCACCCGCUGCCGGGCCACCACCCGUCGAGCGAGGCGCAGCGGUUCACCGACAUCCUGGCGCACCCCCCGGGGGACUCGCCCAGCCCCGAGCCCAGCCUGCCCGGGCCUCUGCACUCCAUGUCGGCUGAGGUCUUCGGGCCGAGCCCGCCCUUCUCGUCGCUGUCGGUCAACGGCGGGGCGAGCUAUGGGAACCACCUGUCUCACCCUCCCGAAAUGAACGAGGCGGCCGUGUGGUAGCCGGGUCUCGCGCGGUCCGCGGAGUUCGUGGUUGUACAGAAAUGAACUUUUAUUUAAGAAAAAAAGAAAAAAAUCAUAAAAAUCAAGUCACACCCCCUCCCACUACCACCGCUUUCCUCCAGCCUCGGGGACCAUUUUCCGUCUGGGGAGACUGGAUAGGAAAGGGAAACAUGACAUAGGAUUGAAAUCUGCCUGGAGGUAGGACUGGGAUCCGCGACCUGGCUGGCCCGGUGCAGGACUGGGCUUCCCAAGGGAAACAGACCUCUCCUCGCCUCCCACCUGGACCCGACUCCGUGGACAGACAGCGCGGGCGUGCGAGUCUGGCCGGCGGGCGGCACAGGAACGACCACGGCGGCC